AUGCCGUCUAUACAAGAAGAUAUUGACCAUUCACAUAUUCCUAUGGUUAUGGAAAUUGUGAUUGGUUCUAUAGACGGCUUAAUUUUCCUGCACGAUGGCCCUGACGAUCGCAUGGUUCUGUGGAACGUUGCUACUAGAGAGUUCAGGCUCCUCCCUGUGCCCUACUCCAUUUUUCCACCAUAUUUCUCUUCCUUUUGGCAUGUAUUUGGAUUUGGGUUGGACAUCUUGAAUAACGAUUACAAGUUUAUUUUGAUUCGCUCAUUUUGGGAUGAGCAAAUGGAUAACCAUUACCCUUUCUAUGUUGUUGCACUAUAUACCCUAGGUAAUGAUUCAUGGAGAUAUCUCGAUCAAGGACGGAUUUAUUGGUGGGCUGAAGCCCAGGUCUCAGGCGAGUCACUUCCCCGAAUCUCCAGAGAAGCAACGGCUCCAUGGCAGGCGUUGACGGACCACGGUGCUUCAGAUUUCUCUGCAACUGCAACAGCUACAGAUUUAUUGUUUGUGGGCUUCUUGAAUCACACACAAAGCUCUGAAGAAGUUGUGUCUAAGAGGAUUAGACUCUCACUCGAGUUCAAUCUACAGGUCAGGGGAAGUGAUGAAACUAGCUAUAUGCUCAGUAAAGAAACCUGUCAGUCUCAUAAGCAUAAGCAACAUUCACCUCUAAUUGACUUUUCAAUUGCUGGGAGAACGACGGGUGUGCAUUUACAGUCUCUCAUAUGGGUGAUGGAGGAGGAAGGGUGUUGGACCAAGCUCUUCACUUUUCAACCCUUUCCAAAAGUCAAGCGGCCGCUUGGGUUUUGGAAGAACCAGGAUCUUUUGUGUGAAAGUAACACUUCACUGCUGGUAUUGUACAAGCAUGACACCAAUGAACCUACAAACCUUGGAAUUCAUGGAGGUGACACAGUUGGUGGUCUUUCGGUUUUUAGUUACAAGGAGAGCUUAGUUUCAGUGAAGGGACCAAAUGAAGACUAA